AAUCAAUUCAACUUUUUGUCGCGCUCCGCGUCUUAGCGAACAGCCAGCGAGUGAUUAUGUCUUUACCCAGACUAAUUUCGCGCCAAUGGCCGCGCUCUUUGUCUUGCUCCUCGGCUAGAAUUGUUUCUGCCAGCGGCCGACAGCUGUUCCAGCAGAACAGGGACAGGCAGCGUGCGCUCCGCCGCGCGUAUGCUUCCAUAUCCGCGGCCGAGCUCAAGUUUGGGCAGCCGGUCCACGAGACGCACCCUCAUAUCUUGGACCCCGGUGAACUUACGCCGGGGAUAACAGCUCUCGAAUACGCCCAUCGCCGCUCCAAGCUCGCGAACAAAUUACCGAAAAAUGCCAUCGCUAUACUCGCAGCGUCCGAGGUAACAUACCGUGCGGCCGGGAUAUUUCAUGAAUACCAUCAGGACUCGAACUUUUUCUAUCUGACAGGAUUCAAUGAACCCGGUGCACUGGCGAUAAUCGUCAACGAUGGCUCAGGGGAUAAUCAUGUCUUCCAUCUCUAUGUUCGAGAGAAGGAUCCAAGGGCAGAACUCUGGGACGGGGCCCGAUCUGGCACGCAGGCAGCCAUAGACGUUUUCAACGCGGAUGAGACAGGAAACAUCGAACGGAUUGCGGACAUCUUGCCCGAUAUCGUCGCCGGAGCCUCAGAGAUCUACACUGACAUCUCAGCCUUUAGCGCGAACAAGUCAACGCUACACCGCUACCUCUACGGCUCGUCCGGUCUCUCCGAGCAACUCAAGAAAUUCGUUGAUCCUCGGAAAGUAAAACCGCUGCGGCCCAUCCUCGUCGACAUGAGAGUGUUCAAGAGCGAAGAGGAGGUAGUGCAGUUGCGUCGAGUCGGUCAAGCAUCGGGAAGAGCAUUCACAGAGACGAUGAGACAGGACUUCACAACCGAGAAAGAUCUGUGCUCAUUCUUGGAGUAUCAGUUCAAAGUGAAGGGAUGCGACACCAGCGCUUUUGUUCCGGUAGUGGCAGGCGGGUCUAAUGCGCUGAGUAUCCAUUACACACGAAACGAUGAUGUCCUGAGGGAUGAUCAACUCGUCUUGGUUGACGGAGGCGGGGAGCUCGGUGGUUAUAUCUCCGAUAUUACGCGAACUUUCCCCGUCAGUGGGAAGUUCACCGACCCUCAAAAAGAUCUAUACAACGCGGUGCUGAAUGUACAUCGGAGCUGCAUCUCCUUGUGUCGAGAGAGCGCAGGUCAUUCUCUUGACAAACUACAUGAGAUUGCAGAGAACGGGCUGAAAGACCAGUUGCAACAGCUGGGCUUCGAUCUUUCAGGAGAUGGUAUGCGUACUCUAUUCCCUCACCAUCUCGGUCACUAUAUAGGACUUGAUGUUCACGACUGUUCGGGAUACUCAAGGAGCUACACUCUGAAAGCAGGACAGUGCAUCACCAUUGAGCCUGGCGUUUAUGUGCCCGACGACGAUCGGUGGCCCCAGAAAUUCAGAGGUAUUGGUAUUCGGAUCGAAGACAGUGUUUGUGUUGGUGAUGAUCACCCUAUUGUCUUGACGCCUGAGGCUGUUAAAGAGGUCGAAGAUAUUGAAGCUCUGCGUGACUAGGCAGUCUGUAUGAUAUAACUAGUUCAAGAUACCCUACAUUUAAAAGGUAGCAUUUAAACAAAUUGUAUAAUAGCAGCCUUAUCA